AUGCAAUCUUAUGACCCCAAUCUAGAUGAGAAGGAUUUGAAGGGGGAGGUGAGGCACUUGGUCGGGAUCUCGAUCUGGGCCAAGUACUCGCUGUUCAAGCAACACCUGCAGAGGAACGGAAAGUGUUGUGGAAGCUUGACCUUAUGUGAAUUGGUUCCGUUGAUGGGAGUCGCAUAUUUCCUCCAAUUCCUCGACAAGCUAGCUCUCAGUCAGGCGACCCUGUUUGGUUUACGCGAAGAUUUGAACAUGCACGGAGCAGAAUAUUCAUGGGCGUCUGCGAUCUUCUAUUUUGGGUAUUUUGCAUGGAGUUGGCCUAGCUCAUAUAUUGUCGUCCGACUUCCUAUUGGAAAAUACAUAUCAGUCUCAGUCUUCCUUUGGGGCGGUGCCCUGAUGUGUCAUGCUGCUUGCUCUAAUUGGAGUGGACUCAUGGCCGCCCGUUUCUUCUUGGGUGUAGGUGAGGCGGCUAUUGCGCCUGGCUUUACAUUGCUUACGGGCAUGUUUUAUAAACGCGAGGAGCAGCCCCUACGACAAUCUGCCUGGUUUUUCGGAAACUUCCUUGCUGUGCUCAUUGGUGGAUUGAUUGCCUAUGGUAUCGGGACUAUUAAUACGUCAGCAAUUGCACACUGGAAACUCUUGUUCCUUAUUCUCGGUGCCAUCACUUCAACUUAUGGUCUUGUCUUGUUUGUUAUGUUGCCGGACUCGCCUACCAAGGCCAUUUUCUUGAAGCCCGAUGAGCGUGUCAUUGCUGUGCAGCGAACACUGACGAACAAGACUGGGGUCAUGGAUACCGGCGUGUUCAAAUGGUCGCAGGCUGUUCAGGCCCUGAAAGAUCCCCAGACGUGGCUCCUGGUUCUGAAUGCGUUCUCUUCGAACCUGGCCAACGGUGGUCUCACAAGCUUUACAUCCAUUAUCACCGCCGGAUUCGGAUUCACUGAUCUCAAGGCCCUUCUUAUGCAAAUGCCUCAGGGCGGCGCCCAGAUCGUAUUUUUGUUGAUUACCUCCAUCACCGUGACCUAUAUUCCCUCAUCUCGCAUAUUAGGAAUGUGUCUCGUCACAAUAGUUUCUAUCAUCGGAUUGAUUCUUAUCUGGAGGCUUGACCCCGACGAUCAAGCUGGGCGGAUGGUUGGGUUGACGUUAGCCGUCGUCUACGCGAUCAAUUUUCCCAUGUCGUUGAGUAUCAUUACUUCCAAUGUGGCCGGAUUUACGAAAAAGAGUGUUGUUAGUGGAUUGCUUUUUGUUGCAUACUGCGUGGGAAAUAUCGUGGGCCCUCAAUUUUUCCUUGCCUCGGAGGAACCAUCGUACCCAACCGGCAUCAAAGCCUCAAUGUCAGGCUUGAUCUUGAGCGUUUUCUUCCUUCUGUGCCUAUAUUCAUACUACACGUGGGAGAACCGUCGACGAGACAGGAUGUAUGGUUUGCCCGAGCAGAUGACCGUGGGGGCUGAGCUACAGGAUGAAAUAUCGAACAAGACGGAUCGCGAGAUUGAUAGUUUCCGAUAUCUUCUCUAG